CGCUCUCCAAGGAGGUCUGUGAGCCCCGCCCCUCAGCAGGACUCUAACUGUGGGACUCGGUGGAGGGGAGAUAAGAGCAGCCUGUGGUCGCACCUGCACAAAGGCUCUCUAACAACAGAGCUGGUGUAGCCAAGUGGGGAGUGGGGCCUAGACCUCCCUCUGAGCCUUGAACCUGGAGCUGCCUGGUACCCCAGGAAGGAUCUGGCCUGUGACCCUUGAAGGACUGGCCGCGACAUAAGUUCGGCAGUCCUCACUAUGGGCAAUGCGCAGGAAAGGCCGUCAGAGAUGAUUGACCGCGAACGGAAACGCCUGGUAGAAACGCUGCAGGGGGACUCUGGUCUGCUGCUGGAUGCGCUGCUGGCACGGGGAGUGCUCACCGGGCCUGAGUAUGAGGCGUUGGACGCGCUGCCCGAUGCCGAGCGCAGGGUGCGCCGCCUGCUGCUGCUGGUACAGAGCAAGGGCGAGGCUGCCUGCCAGGAGCUACUGCACUGCGCCCAGCGGACUGCGCGUACGCCGGACCCCGCCUGGGACUGGCAGCAUGUCGGCACUGGCUACCGGGAACGCAGCUAUGACCCUCCAUGCCCUGGUCACCUGACGCCUGAGGCCGGCUCAGGGACCCCAUGCCCUGGGCUGCCCAGAGUUUCACACUGUGAGACCGGAGGUCCUGAGGGCUCCGAGGCAGUGCAAUUUGGAAGCCUGGAGGAGUCUGAGCCAGAGGUGGGAGCUGAGGCCUAUGAAGGGGCUGAGCCAGAGUUGGGACACCAAAUGGACCCAGAACCUGAGCCAGAGGCAGAACCAGAACCUGAAAUGGAACCAGAGCCGGAGCCCAACCCAGAGCCAGAGUCUGACCCAGAGCCCGAGCCAGACAUCGAGGCAGAAGAUGAGUCUGAAGAUUCCUGAAUGCCAGAGCACUGACAGGCCACUGCCUGCCCAAGCCGGAUAAGACCUGAGAUCCUGCCCUGGCAAGGUCGGACGCCACCAAGGCUUGCCUGGCCCAGUAUUCGCUGGAAGUGAAUAAACUCCAGAGGCUCAGCCUGGGUUUUCUGUGA